AUGCUGCUCAAAUCCACUCCGAUCGCCGCUCUACUGGCCUCACUGCUCUUUUCCACCAUCGCCUCCGGAUCCAAAGUCGUCAAAGGCGUCCACCGGACUUUCUACAGCUUCCCAGACAACGACCCACCAGGUCCUGCCACAGCAUACGACUGCGGCUAUGGACGAGGAUACACAGCAGGCGGCACCGGUACCUACGACGACCCUCUCACCUUCGCCACCGCUCCAGGCGAGUUCAAGAAGUGCGAAAUCGUCUGGGAUCCGUAUGUGAAGAAGUACCUUAUUCACCAGGACUAUUGCGCACAGUGUGUCAUCGACUAUGACGACGGGAUCAAGCAUAUUGAUCUUUGGAAUGGGAGUCCGACGCACAACGCUCACAAGAUCGUGAGGAAAUGUGACCGGGCGCUGACGCCGGAUGAGCCGCAGCCGGUGGUGAGGAAGCCGUCGAUGGAUCUUGAUGCUGAUAGCCAUCCGUUGUUCGAGGACGGGGUGUGCUAUACGGAGCGUGUGUAUCCGCAAUAG